UCAAACAAAAAUAAAAUUAUAAACAUCAAAUUAAAAAAAAAAUGGAGGGAAUUUUCUCAACAAUUUUAUUACCCUUUACAAUCUUCAUUCUCAUGAACCCUAAUCCAAUUAUGUGCCUAAAUGUAAGAGCAAUUCCAACACCAAACGAUAACAAAGAAGAAAAAAAUAGUACAAAUACCCUAAUAGAAAAAGCAUGCAAUAAUGCAAAAUACAAAGAAUUAUGCAUGGAAACCCUAAAAUCGCACCCAGGUAGCGAAACAGCUGACUUAAAAAGCUUAGCAUUUAUGGCUUUAAAUAAAACCAAAACUUAUGGAAACAAAGUUAGUGAUAUAAUCAAUAGUAUGAUCGAAAAUGGCAAUUCGAUGGGCCCCGGAAUUGAACAAGCAUUAAGUGAAUGUGAUGAUCAAUAUGAUGAUGCAAAUGUUCAAACGGAUAAUUCAUUAGUAGCAUUUUUUGCUAAUGCAUUUAAAGAUGUUAAUACUUUUAUUACAACGGCUAUUAAAAAUGCUGAGACUUGUGAAGAUUAUGUUAAAAAAGGGAAUGCUACUAAAGUUUUGGGUGAUAAGAAUAAGGUGUUUGCUCAAUAUUGUACUAAUGCUUUGGCUGUUGUUCAUGUCUUGGCUCAAACUAAGAACUAAUUAAGGAUUGAUUAGUUGGAUUUUUUAUUUGGAUUUUAUGUUUUUUUUUUAUGUAUAU